AGCCAGCGGGUUCUCGAGCGCUGACGUGCCGCUGUUGGAACCGGGAACGGUUGGUUGGCAGUUGGUGGCCGUUGCGGCUUUGUUGUGGAGGAGCGGCGGUGGGCGCGAGCGGGCAGGACAUCCCCCCCCCACCCCCACACCACUCGGCCUCUACGUGUGCCUCGGGAGAGAUGAACGUGGACCGCAUCGAGCUGUGCGAGAGUCUGCUGACCUGGGUCCAAACAUUUGGUAUCCAGGCACCAUGCACAAAAAUAGAUGAUUUAACAAGUGGAGUUGCGAUGGCCCAGGUCUUGCAGAAGAUCGACCAAUCAUGGUUUGAUGACACCUGGAUAAAUCGUGUCAAAACUGAAGUGGGGGAUAACUGGCGUCUGAAGGUUAGCAAUUUAAAGAAAAUUUUAAAAGGAAUUCUGGAUUACUAUCAUGAGGUCUUGGGACAGCAGAUUGCUGACUUUCCUCUGCCAGACGUUAACUUGAUAGGAGAACAUUCUGAUGCCGCAGAACUCGGGCGAAUGCUGCAGCUAAUUCUUGGUUGUGCUGUCAACUGUGAGCAGAAACAAGAGCACAUACAAACUAUCAUGAUGAUGGAAGAGUCUGUUCAGCAUGUUGUUAUGGCAGCCAUUCAGGAGCUCAUGAGCAAAGAAACGCCAGCAGCCCUUGGAAAUGAUGCUUAUCUGGACCUUGAGCGGCAGUUGAAGAAAACCACUGAAGAACUAAAUGAAGCUUUAGCUGCAAAAGAGGAGAUAGCACAAAGAUGCCAUGAACUAGAUAUGCAGGUUGCGGCUCUACAAGAGGAAAAAAGUAGUUUACUAGCAGAAAAUCAAAUUCUUAUGGAUCGCCUCAACCAAUCUGAUUCCAUUGAAGACCCCAACAGCCCAGCAGGACGUAGACAUCUUCAACUUCAAUCCCAGUUGGAACAGCUACAAGAAGAAACCUUCAGAUUAGAAGCAGCAAAAGAUGACUUUCGGAUUCGAUGUGAGGAACUUGAGAAAGAACUUAUUGAAUUACGAGAACAAAACGAAGAGCUUACGAGCCUUGCAGAUGAAGCCCAGACUUUAAAGGAUGAGAUGGACGUUCUUAGGCAUUCGUCUGAUAAAGUGGGGAAACUGGAAGGCAUUGUAGAAGUGUACAAAAAGAAGCUGGAGGAUCUGGGUGACUUGCGGCGGCAGGUGAAGCUCCUUGAGGAAAAGAACACAAUGCACAUGGAGAACACGGUCAAUCUAGAAGAGGAGCUCCGCAAGGCAAAUGCUGCCCGGGCACAGCUAGAAACUUAUAAGAGACAGGUUGUCGAACUUCAAAACCGCUUAUCCGAAGAGUCAAAAAAGGCAGAUAAAAUGGAGUUUGAGUAUAAGAGGCUGAAAGAAAAAGUGGACACUCUCCAGAAAGAGAAAGAUAGGUUAAGAACUGAGAGAGAUUCCUUGAAGGAAACUAUUGAAGAACUAAGGUGCGUACAAGUGCAUCAAGACCAACUCACAGCAGGACUUACCCCACUGACUAGUCAAGAAACAUCCGACAGUUUAGCAGCAGAGAUAGUAACGCCUGAAAUAAAGGAAAAGCUUAUCCGGCUGCAGCAUGAAAAUAAGAUGCUGAAGAUAAACCAGGAGGGAUCUGAUAAUGAAAAGAUAGCCCUGCUGCAAAGCCUACUGGAAGACGCCAACAGAAGAAAGAGUGAAUUGGAGACUGAGAAUAGGCUAGCCAAUCAGAGGGUCUUGGAAAUCCAGUCUCAGGUUGAAGAACUUCAGAAGGCAUUACAAGAUCAGGGUUCAAGAGCAGAAGAUUCAAUGCUUCUGAAGAAGAAACUGGAAGAACACUUGGAAAAACUGCACGAAGCUCACACUGAACUUCAGAAGAAGCGAGCUUACAUUGACGAUUUGGAGCCAAAAUAUAACAAUAGCUCUCAAAAGAUUGAGGAGCUUCAAGAGUCUCUGAGAAAGAAAGAUGAAGAUAUGAAACAAAUGGAGGACAGAUACAAGAAAUACCUGGAAAAGGCAAAGAGUGUUAUCAGAACCUUGGAUCCCAAACAGAACCAGGGAGCAGCCCCUGAGGUUCAGGCCCUGAAAAACCAACUGCAGGAGAAGGAGCGAAUGUUUCACUCUUUAAUGAAUGAGUAUGAGAAGACAAAGAAUCAAAGGGAUCAUGAGGAGAAACUGAUUGUCAGUGCCUGGUACAACAUGGGAAUGGCUCUUCAUAAGAAAGCAGCAGAAGACAGACUUGCUAGUACUGGUUCAGGACAAUCUUUCCUAGCGAGACAGAGACAAGCAACAAGCACACGGCGACCAUACCCUGGGCAUGUCCAACCAGCUACAGCAAGGUAGAAGAAACAGUCCACGGCCAGAGCACACAUUGUGUAGUAUAUAGUGUAAUUGCCCAUCUUCAACCACUUGGAAAAUAUCAAGUUCCUUUUUUUGAAAUUCAUUUUUUAAAAAAAACCUUUGUGCUAAUGUUCGUAUUGAAUGUAUUGCUAAGGCCACGUAUGAAGUUUGAUGCCACAAGUGCAGUAUAUCAACAACUGUGGAAAUAACUGUUCCACUUUCCAUCUUUUCCAUAAUUCAAGGAGAGGGCUACUUUUUUAUUCAGUUUUCAGCCCUAAAAUUGCCACAGACCUGAAUUUAAUCCUUUUAAUUGUUGCUGAUAAUUAAAAAUUCUUCCUCUGAUGCACAGUAUUUGGAAAAUAUGGAUAUGCUUUUAACAUUAGAUUUCUCUUAAAUUUUGAGCUGACUCAGCCAAUUCUUUGUGCUCAGGCCAGUCUAGAAUUUGGCACUACACUGGCAAUCUCACUCAGGAAGAUCAUAAAGAAAGCUGGAGUGGGAAAUGGAAAAGUUUGAGGACAUUGACUGGGCUGAAUAGCUGGAGGUUUAUUAUAGAAUCACAAAUGUUUACAGCCAUUUGGCUCAUCGUGACUUUGCUGGUGCUGGCUCCUCCACAGAGCUAACUGCUUUAACCGCAUAUGCCUGCACUUUCCCUAUUAACACUUAUUUUUCCUCAAGUAUUUCUCCAGUUCUCUUUUUAAGUAUAUCUGGGUGUUAUUGGUGUUGUCACUGAGUGCCAAAAGUAGAAAGGUAUUCCACUCCUCACCAUUUGACAUCCUUUGCAUUAAUGAACACAAAUAUUCGCCAAAUACAUGUGCAAUCUAAUUGACUAAUUUGCCUUCAGUUAAGAACAUUUGCAAAGUAGAAGCAGUUACUGGUGCUCAUUAGUUGAACAUGUGAUUUCCUUUUCAAUUUAUUUUGUACUGUCUCACAGAGCUGAAAUGGGCUUGGGGAGGGAGCUGUAUUUACCCCUUGUUAUCAACUUUGUCUUUCUUAGCAAGUGAUCCACUAUGUUCCACUAUACCACCCAAACUAACGUUGUGGCAAUAUUAAAAGUCUUUAUUCUGUUGACUAACAUUCAAACACUGCAAGAUUUCAAUCAGCUUCACUACACAUUUUCCAGCAACCAGUGGCUGUUCUAUGAGAGAACAAUUGGCUGAAACUAUAGGAUAAAUGGUGAGAAUGUAUAUUGAUCUGGGAGUCUUUUUCUUGUCACUUUUGUGCCUGUAGCAGCUGUGGCUGCAGACUCCUCACAACAAAAGCAAAUUAUGAUUAGGACUCUGUGUUUUAGAUCUCAAUGCUACAAACAGGACCCUUAAUUAAGGAAUCCAAUUGAGGAACGGUUAGAGAAAAUAGAUCAUGCUGACUUGCAGGAACUUUACUACAAAGAUCACCUCAGACUUGAGUUCUCACCAAUUUGCCUGACUUACUUCUCAGAUUCCUCAAUUAAACAAUUCUGUUAAAAGUGAUUGCAUGUUGAGAAAUCAUUUUCAACUUUGUCCAAUAAAAUAUACUAAUAAUUUAUAGCACAUUUGUGGUAUAAAUGUUAUGGGAUAGUUUUGGAGUAACUUGUGUUGCUCACUUCAGACCUUAACACUUGGGAGGUCCCCUGAUGAUAAGUUGAAUUAUAUAUUGAAAAAUUAAACUUCCAGUGUCUUUAAUUUCUCUUGUAUUAUCAACAGUUUUUAGACUUCUUGUUUUUAAAAAGUUUGAGGAGGAAAUUAAAUUGGAAUAACUAAGUCAGUGAAGAACUUUUUUAAUGGUAAUUUGUGUUUCAAAGCCAUCUUGUACUACAUAGCAUUUGACCUAAAAUGCAUCUGAUCUUAAAUUUGCAAAUUGGCUACGUAGUAAUAACCUUAUUAUAGAAUAUGGUUACUCCACUUUACAGCCUAUGCCAUGAAGUACUUUGAGACGCCCUCGUGACACAAAAGCCGCUAUAUCAAAUGCAAAGAUUAAUAUUAGUAGUGAUAAAUGUACUUUUUGUCAUUGUAGACCUUUUGACAGUGGCAGCAAUUUUGCACCAACACAGUUGCAAACAGAAAAAUUCAGUUAAUUUCAAAAGCCAUAUGAAGCUUUUUCUUAUGGUUCUAUCUAUUUCUUGAAUUUGUCUUAUAUAACUUUUCCGUUGUGAGAAAUGUAAAGAACAUUCUUCUGACGAUGUAUAAAACUUAUUUUUAAGAAUAUUUCAGUACUCAAGGGCCUAAAUGAGUUUUUGAAUGGUGAUAAGUUCAGUGUGUGUUUUCAGGGAAAAUUGUAAUCAGUUUUACAAAUACAGUAGUGCAAUUUACUGGAAGUGAUUCAAAUUGACCUGCUAAUCUUUUAGAAACGUUUAUUACACAUUAGAAUAAAUACUUUUACUUUCCCCAAUUCCUAUACGUUCUAGAAUAUAGAAAUAUGGCAAAAAAAAAUUGAAAAACCUACUCGCUCUAGCAAAAACACUGUCUGACUUCUGAUUUCAGUGGCUUCAAUAAAUGAGAUUCUUGUAGCAGAAACUAUGCAGACAAUUGAGAAUCUUCUAUCUUGAGUAAAUGUUUAAUGAUAAAUUGAUCUUAAAACUGAUGAUUUGUAAAUUUCAGUAAUUUAUAGUAAUACUUGUUUGGAGUAAGUCUGCUGCAUAUGACCUUAAAUCAUGGAAAUUUAAAGCAAAUGGAAAAUUUCUAUAUUUAGAAAAAAAAAUUGCUAAAAAAAUAUUAUCACAGACUUGAUGAUUAAAGGAACUUAAAUUCACAAGUUAUUACCUGACCUGUAUGAGAAUGUAAAUUAGAAAAUACCUCAUUUUCUUAUGUGGGCUUUAUUGUCUCAGGACUUUGUAAAACAAGGCAAUAGGAAAUGGAUAUUGGAUAAUUUACGAAUUAGAAGUGUACAUCUAUUGUGCUUCUAUCAAAACCAUCUGAAAUAAAUUAUAAUAAAUUGGGAACAUAAUAUAACGAAAAUCAUUUAAAAUACCUUUAUUACAUUGCCGGCAGUUUACAAAAAUGAAUUGAGCAGUAUGAGCCUCAGAGGCCUUGGUUAUAAGAUCUCAAAAGGAUAAUUCUACUUAAACUGUAUACCUGCUGAUUGCAGAGUAGUUUGUUAACGUGACAAAAUUAGUUUUUAUGUUGAUUUAGAUUAAAUAUAUUUUGCGUCAAUAUCUUUGGAUUUCCAUCCUCAGACUAAAAAAAGUAUUCUUUAGAGUAAUAUUAAACUCCAAGAGUAACGGAAAGUAGAUUUUCUUUUGUUUUUAAGCUGUCGGGUAAGAUGUGGAACACAUGAUGAAGACAAAUUUAUUUUAAAAAAACUGCUUUUUUUUGUCUAGGGAACCAUCUGAAGAUAGUUUAUUCAAGUCUUAUGUUAAAUUGGUUAUUUUUAAUUUACAAUAUACUCAACAAAUUGUAAUUUCCAAUGUUAUUCUUUCUACAAUCUUAUCUAUGAGCUUCCAGCACUUGCUGCAUAAUAGCUAUGCUAGCAGAAACUAUGAAUGUGACAAUUGACCAUUAACAUUUGUGUUAAGAAAAAACUGAUUAGUUUUAAAUGGCAUUAUGUGGUGCCCUUAAUUAUCUUCAAAUGGUUAGUCAUUCAAGCAAAGCCAUCCUGAUUUUCAUUUGCACUUUAUAAAGCUAAUAGAAGCUGCUGUUGUCAUAGAACUGGACUGUAGCUCAGUAUCAUUACUCUGAUUUUCAUUAUUAAUAAUUCAGUUAUAGCAAAUAAUUAAAUGUCGAUCAUUGCAUCUGAAAAAGAUUGUUUGCUUAUCCUCUCUUAUUCAUUUUUCUAAUCGUGUUUGAACCAGUAUUAGUUAUUAUUUAGGCACAAUUUUAAGGCCAAAGAAUAUGAGAUUAUAUUUAAAAAUGCAUAUGCAUUUUAAUUUUUCCCUUUUGUGUUGUAACCAAUAACAUGACCAUUAUCAUAGUAACUAAGUAAGCCUGAUACAAUACUUGCUUAACUUGGUUACACUAACUAUUAACACAUUUAAUGUAUAUGUUACAGAAGUUCAAGUGUUAAUACAUUAGCCAGUAUUCUUUCUCUUAAUAUGUUUUGUUCUUCAUUUGCAGUGACGUGAUUGCAUGACCCCCAGCAUGGCUUACCGGCAAUGAUUGUUCGUUUGCAUGACUUUUGAGUUCAGACGCAUAAUCCAGGGAACUAACCAUACCCACUGCCGUUUCAGUUAUCUAACAUGCAAAUACAACCGAUCUGUUGGUUUUAAAUGAUCCAUUUACUCAGUAGCUUUGGACUAGUCAGAGAUUGGGUGGCACAAUUUGUUUAGCAUACUGCCCUUUCUCCUUGGACCUCUAUUCGCACCCCAAAACAGACUGAUACAAUUAAGUGUUCUUUCUCUGCUGGCUGUUCAGAUCCAAACUAAAGGAAUUUAACAUGCUCAAACCAGUAGGCUGAGUCUAAAGCACAGAACUGCCCACUAUUUGGCACCAAAUUGGCAAUUUGAUCAGAGCAAAAAUGGUCCAGUAGUAGGUGCUCUUUUAAGGUUGGGCACUUUGUUGGUGCAGAUUAGAAGGACCUUUCACUUCCCACUGACAUACUGUACCUUAUCAGGAGGUCCUUGAUAGAAAGACUUAGUGUCAAAUGUAAGACUUUGACCAAACUGAUAUACCCCACCUUGAUAAGCACAAAGGGUAAUUGAAAGCUUUAAAUGUAUUAAGAAGAUGCCAUCUUGUGCCACUCGCAGCUGUCCAUCUGUUACAGAUUUUGUAUGUCUUCAUAUUUCCAUAAAUAUCUUAACAAUUCAUUUAGAUCUGUGAACUGACGAUGCUUUCUUACUUAUAGCAGCAAUCUCAGGUCUUGUACCUAAAUGCCAAUAAUUCUAAUUUCUAUGCUACAAAUGUUUCUUGCAUUGUGAUCAUUUUUAGCAUUUGUUUUCUAACUAUGGCUUUGCUUUCACUCGCUCUUACAUGGUUCUUUUUCUUUCCCCUUAUUUGCUAUAAUUGUAGCAUAUUCCUGUUUACUUUAGUCUUGAUAAAGUAUUAAUGGCCUGCUUUGACUACCUUUUGAAGGUUAGGUUAUCCGGUUCUGUAAAUGGGAGGAGAAGCCACCUGGUGCAAACCUCUAGCCUGUUGCACAUUAACAUUGUAUUAAUGUAUGUAUUUAUUUAUCUUUUGUAUUUAGAUGCAGAUCAUUGUGUUACAUUUAGAGGAUUCAUUACUUGCAUUUGUCACCCUUUUCUCUGCUUUGAUUCUAUAAUGUAACUGGCAAUUUACAUGCUGCUUAUAUAAAAUAUGUAUAUACAAUAAACUAACUGAAUUUGGUUUAUCUGUGUUCAGGAAAUGUUUACAAAGUGAACAGGAGGUUACAUGGUACCUUUCCACUAAAUAUCUUUUAACUGAUGCUUCCUAUGCUGCAACAUGUACAGUUACAACAUAUUGUAAAUAAAAGCUUGUCAAAUCACAA